UUGAACAGCAAUGAUGCCUACCUGCUGAAGUUGCCUAAAGGGGAUGGGUAUUUGUGGAAAGGGAAGGGGGCCAGUGAGGAAGAGGAACGAGGGGCGAAAUACAUGAGUGAGAAGCUGAAGUGCAAAAUCAAGCCAAUUACUGAAGAAAAUGAGCCAGUGGACUUCUGGAAAGCUCUGGGUGGAAAGAUGGAGUAUCAGACGUCCGAGAUGUUGGAGAGCAAAACUAUAGCACAUUCUCCCCGCCUGUUCGCCUGCUCCAACAAAACGGGAAAGUUCAUUAUUGAAGAAGUACCUGGUGAGUUUAACCAAGAUGACCUGGCAGAGGACGAUGUCAUGUUACUGGAUGUCUGGGAUCAAGUGUUUGUGUGGAUUGGAAAGGAUGCCAAUGAGGUGGAGAGGAAUGAGUCAGUAAAAUCCGCAAAUACUUACAUUGAGACAGACCCAUCAGGACGGGACAAGGGGACACCUGUUGUGGUGGUAAAGCAGGGACAC